GUGAGUCCUUCCAUUUGUUAUCUCGUCUUGCUGGUCCUGCAGGCUUUGAAAGGGCAGUUUCUAACAUCAUAUCCGUGAAAAGUUGCAUAAGAAAACAAGAGAAUCUAAAGAAGCAAUCAUGAGUCUCGUCGACGCCCAGCUCAAGGACGUUGCCGUCCUCGGUGCCCUCAACAAUGAAGCGCGCAAGAUCCUCACCAAAGAGGCCUCUGCCUUCCUAGCCAUCCUCCACCGCACCUUCAACCCUACCCGCAAAGCCCUCCUCCAGCGCCGUAUCGACCGCCAGGCCGAGAUCGAUAAGGGUCACUUCCCCGACUUCCUCCCAGAGACCAGGCACAUCCGUGAGAACGAUGCUUGGAAGGGUGCUCCUCCCGCUCCGGGUCUGGUGGACCGCCGUGUGGAAAUCACCGGUCCCACCGACAGGAAGAUGGUGGUCAACGCAUUGAACGCGGAUGUCUGGACUUAUAUGGCUGAUUUCGAGGACUCCAGCGCUCCCACAUGGGACAACAUGAUCAAUGGCCAGGUCAACCUCUACGACGCCAUCCGUCGCCAGAUCGACUUCAAGCAAGGAAAUAAGGAAUACAAGCUGCGCACCGACCGCACCCUCCCCACCCUCAUUGCUCGUGCUCGAGGCUGGCACCUCGAGGAGAAGCACUUCACUGUCGAUGGCGAGCCCAUCUCCGGUAGCUUGUUCGACUUCGGUCUCUACUUCUUCCACAAUGCCAAGGAGCUCAUUGCUCGCAGCACCGGUCCGUACUUCUAUCUGCCCAAGAUGGAGUCUCACCUCGAGGCCCGGCUGUGGAAUGAUGUGUUCAACCUGGCUCAGGAUUACAUUGGCCUUCCUCGUGGUACUAUCCGUGCUACCGUGUUGAUUGAGACCAUCACUGCUGCUUUCGAGAUGGAUGAAAUCAUCUACGAACUGCGUGACCACAGCUCCGGUUUGAACUGUGGACGUUGGGAUUACAUCUUCUCCUUCAUCAAGAAGUUCCGUAACCACCCUCAGUUCGUGCUGCCUGAUCGGUCCGAUGUUACCAUGACUGUGCCGUUCAUGGAUGCCUACGUCCGGCUGCUGAUCAAGACCUGCCACCGUCGCGGUGUGCACGCCAUGGGUGGUAUGGCUGCUCAGAUCCCCAUCAAGAACGACCCCGCUGCCAACGACGCCGCCAUGGAGAAGGUCCGUGCCGACAAGCUGCGUGAGGUCCGCGCCGGCCACGAUGGCACCUGGGUCGCUCACCCUGCCCUCGCCUCCAUCGCUUCGGAGGUCUUCAACAAGUACAUGCCUACUCCGAACCAGCUCUUCGUUCGUCGCGAGGACGUCAACGUCACCGCCAACGAUCUUCUCAACACCAACGUGCCCGGUAAGAUCACCGAGGCUGGUAUCCGCCAGAACCUGAACAUCGGUCUGGGUUACAUGGAGGGCUGGCUCCGUGGCGUGGGCUGCGUUCCUAUCAACUUCCUUAUGGAGGACGCCGCUACCGCCGAAGUCUCCCGCAGCCAGCUGUGGCAGUGGUCCAAGCACCACGUCACCACCUCCGAGGGCAAGAAGUUCGACAAGGCCUACGCUCUCCGUCUUCUGCAGGAGCAGGCUGACAGCCUGGCCGCCAAGGCCGGCAAGGGCAAUAAGUACCAUCUCGCCGCCCGCUACUUCGCUGGCCAGGUGACUGGUGAAGACUAUGCGGACUUCCUGACAAGCCUGUUGUACAAUGAGAUCUCCUCCCCUGGGCCCGCUGCCAAGCUCUAGAGGAGUUGCCAAAAGUUUAGUUUGGUCGUUAUUCGUUGGAGCACGCUUGUCGGGAAUCGGACGAUAUGAAUAAUGAAUACCCUUUCUUUUGCUUUGUUUUUGUACUGUCUAUAUUGUGAGAAAUUGACGGCAUUCUGUGUGUAUGAUGCUACCGUAGUUAAGCGUUCGUAAUUUCUCGGGUCCAUAGCAUCACUAUCACCAUGGAGCUUGGUAUAGACAACAUCACUUUCAUCAAACGUAAAAAGGAAUCACAAUUUU